AAUAGUUAUACAUUUCCAAGCGUCUUAACAGCAUGUUGUAUCCUUAAAGAUAUGCAGAUGGGUAAAGUUGUUCAUGGUUGUGUUGUCAAAUGUUGUGCAACUGAUAUCUUUGUCAAGACUGCUAUUGGCCUAUUGUUGAUUUUUAUGCCAAAUUUAGGUGCAUGGAUGAAGCUUUUAGAGAAUUCUCACAUAUGUCAGUCCAUAAUGUGGUUUCUUGGACUGCAAUAAUUUCUGGGUUUGUGCAAGACAAUGAUAUUUUUUCUUCAUUAAAGCUUUUCAAAGAUAUGAGGCAAAUAGGGCAGGAGAUAAAUAGCUAUACCCUUACGAGUGUGCUUUCUGCAUGUGCAAAACCUGGGAUGAUUGAUCUGGCAGUCCAAAUUCAUUCCCUGAUAUUAAAAUUAGGGUUCUAUUUAUACCUUAAUGUUGGGGCUGCUUUGAUCAACAUGUAUGCAAAAAUGGGAGAAGUUGAACUAUCAGAAUUAGCCUUCAAUGAGAUGGAAAAUAAGAAGGAUCAGGGCACAUGGGCAGCCAUCCUGUCAUCUUUUGCACAAUGGUCUGGGUUCGUGACUGAAGCUUCGGUCGGCUGUUCCCUUUUCACAAUAUACUCAAAGUGUGGCAAUUUGGAGGAGUCUUAUAAAGUUUUUCUGCAAGUUCCGGUAAAAGACAAUGUCUCGUGGACCUCCAUGAUUUCUGGUUUGGCAGAGCAUGGAUAUGCAGAGCAAGCUCUUCAGCUGUUUAGAGAUAUGAUUAUCAAAAAAUUCUCCCCGAUCAUGUGGUCUUAAUACCAACUCUAUCUGCUUGUUCCACUCUUCAGUCCUUGCAGAUGGGUAAAGAAAUUCAUGGUUAUGCUUUUCGUUUAGGAAUAGGAAAAAACUCAGCCUUUUGUGGAGCAUUGGUAAAUAUGUAUUCAAAGUGUGGAAGCUUGAAUUUGGCAAGGACAGUGUUUGAUAUGCUACCCGAAAAGGAUGCAUUUGCAAAGGGGCCUAAUUGAAAAGGCAUUUUUGUUAUUCCGUGAGAUGCUCUUCACUGAUGUAUCAGUGGACUCUUCCGUAAUUUCAUCCAUUCUCGGAGCUGCUGCAAUUUCGUAUCAAUCAGAAAUCGGAACUCAAUUGCAUGCCUACGUCCAAAAAUUGGGUUUACAAGCAGAUGUUUAUAUUGGAAGUUCGCGAAUGACAAUGUAUUCAAAAUGUGGAAGUAUUUUAGAAUGCCAAAAGGCGUUUGAUGAUGCUGAGAAGCCAGAUGUAAUAGGUUGGACAUCCAUGAUUGUGAGCUAUGCUUAUCAUGGUAAAGGCGUAGAGGCCUUAGAAGCUUAUGAACUAAUGAG